UGAAAAAACAAAUACAAGAAAGCAAGGUUUUUUUUGUUAGUGCAAAAAAAAGAAAAAGAGAGAAGAUGUUGGAGCUAAUGAAGGGUGAUUUUGAUGAAGAUGAAAAUGGGAUUGGAUUGAGUUUAAGCUUAUCAAUUGGAGGAAAUUACACAAAGAAAAAUGAUCAAGUUUUCAAUUCAGAUGAUAAGAUGUUAAUAGAGUGGCAAAGGUCAAAAAAGAGGGUCUUACAUAGAGAAAUGAUGGAGAAUGAAGAAUUAAUUUGGAGAAAAAGCAAAAUUAGUACUUCUGGCAGUGAAGGUGUAAAAAGCUUGAAUCUUUUUAUGAAUCAAGAUUCAUGUGUAAAUGAUCAUAAUCUUGUAGUUCCAAUUUGCGAUCAUCGGAAUGUUGGGAAAAGGGAAUCGAUGAGGAAAAAUUGUCGAGGUUUUAGAAUUUAUAACUCGAAUACGAGUUAUAAUCAAUGUAGAAGUAGUGAGUCGAAUGGAUCUAUGGAGAGAUGUUCUUCUACAAUUACAAAAUGCCAAAGUUCGUCUCCUAAAGGUAGAAGUAGUAGUAAUGUCAUGUCCAUCAAAGAGGAACAAGACCAAAAAACAGAGGAAAAGAGGAAUUGUGGCAUGAUUCAAUUGCUUUCUCGAAUGCCGUGUGUUUCAGCAACCGGUAAUGGCCCAAAUGGGAAGACGAUAAAUGGAUUAUUGUGCAAGUAUGAUAACAAAAUGGAGAUCAAUAUUGUUUGUGUUUGUCAUGGAAAGUCAUUUUCCCCUUCUCAAUUUGUGGAGCAUGCUGGGGCUGUUGAUUUAUCCCAGCCUUUAAAACACAUCACUGUAAUUCCCCCCUGUUUUUGAUGGAAUCUAACUGAUCUUUUAA